AUGGUCUCUUUAGACACAUUGACUGACGAAGAAAGAGACAAACUGAACCAAUACCAGACCAUCACUCAGAUACAAGAUUUAGAAGAGGCCUUGGGCCAGCUGCUAGAAUUUGACUGGAAUUUGGAAAGAGCUAUUCAGCAUGUGUAUGAAAACGCUUCUCAGGAGAAAAAUCGCGAAGAGUUGGAGCAGGAAGUAGCUACGACAGUUCCUGCAGCAGCAGCAAGGUCUGCGUCGACUACAGUGCCCAAUACAACAAGAAAGAGGCCUUCCUUGCUGCUCACAAUCCUGCUUUGGCCUUUUGGUAUGGCUUGGAAUAUCACCUGGUCCAUCUUAUCACUUGCAUCUCGUAUCAUCAUGGCCCGUCCUGCCAUUACACAGAAAAAGAGAGAUCCUCGUGUAUUGGCUUUAGAAUUUAUAGAGUCUUUCGAGCAAAAGUACGGUUCCCAUCAUGUUGAAUUCUUCAGAGGUGGCUACUCUCAAGCAUUGGAGAAGGCUCGCAAGGAUUUGAAGUUCAUGUUGGUGUUAUUGCACAGUGACGAUCAUGAUGAUACAGAAGCAUUCUGCCGGGAUACGCUCACUUCGGAUCGUCUUGUCAACUUUGUCCGUGAUAAAAACAUCCUCGUCUGGGCUGGCAACGUGCGUGAGACUGAGGCACACAAAGUCAGUUACACCUUGCAAGCUUCUACAUACCCCUUUAUGGCAUUAAUUGCACUCCAAGGGUCAUCUACACCUAAAAUGACAGUAAUUGAGCGCAUUGAAGGCACAUGUCACCCUGAGGAACUUGCUAGUCAAAUCGACAUUGCUAUGGAUCGUCAUGGAGCUGUAGUCAAUCGACUCUUGAACGAGCGCAAGGAGCGUGAGAAUGAGCGUCAAUUGCUAGUAGAUCAGGAUGCGGCAUUCAAUGAAUCACUCAAACAAGAUCGAGAAAAAGCACGUUUAGCUGAGGAGGAGAGACGGCGUCAACAGGCAUUAGAGGACGAGAAGCGUUUACAACAAGAAAUAGCAGCAUUGCAAGAACAAAAGCGCCAGCAAUACAUUCGUUAUCUCUAUACGCAUUUACCACAGGAGCCCACAGCCAACUUUGCAAAACUGAGCUUCCGCUUAGCAGACGGGGAUCGAGUGAUCCGUCAGUUUGAUCAAGGAGCCACUGUGGAUGACUUGUAUCAAUUCGUAGAAGCAUAUCCAUUAUUGAAGGAAGAGGGGCCAUGCAGCGAGGAGAAGGUAGCGGCACCUACUGACUAUACACAUGCCUAUAAAUUCACCAUGCACACGCCAUACCCUCGCAUGGAAUUUCCACCAUCUCAACAAAAAUUGAUUGAUAUCAAAAGCUUAUGGCCAAGUGCAACACUUGUGGUAGAGGACGACGAGUAA